AUUUGAAAGGACAGCAACUCUGUAUUGAGCAGCUGAUUACUAGUACAGAAUUUUUUUAAAGAAAUUGCGGAUUGUGACGGAAUAUAAACUAUUAUAAAAAAAUUAAGAAAUCGGCAAAAAACUUUGUGCGACAACAAAAGCGGGAAGUGUGAGGCAGAAGCUGGUGCUGUGAUCAGUGCAACUGGAAAAGGUUUCUGAGUGCAGAGUGCAGUAAACAAAUUCCAUAAAAUGUUUAAUGUUCUUCAACGCUUGUUAGGCGGAGAUACACCUCCCAAUAAAGUACUCGAAAUCAGAGGCGAAUCAUUGGGAAGUUUAUUAGUGAUUGGACGGGAUGAAGGUAUGGUUCUUUAUUCGCCACCCUUCAAUUCCACAGAUAAGAAAGCAUGCUACGAAAUUGUGCUCCAACGGCAUGUCAAUGAUCCCGCCAAUACUUGCUUUAGCCUGUUUCGAUCGCCCGCACAACAAGAAGCCGAAGAUCGAUUCAACGCCUUCGUACAUCGAUUACCUGUGUUUGUAACUAUCGUCAAAGAGUUCUACAAUGUUAAUGGUCUGCAAAAGGUAUGUGACGCUUUAGCAGAGAAUCCCUCGUGGUCACUGGCACACUUGGUCGCUUAUUUUAAUCUCGUUGAUUACGUUAGUAAUCCGAAAGUGUUGGAAUUCAUCGAUUACGCUGAUCAUGUACAACUGAUGUCACCGUUUCAGCUUGCCAUAAAAAGUGGGAACAUCGAAAUGGUCAAGACAUUGUUGCCGCUUUGUAAAAUGGAACAUUUAGAUAACAACAGUAAUUCUGUAUUCCAUUACGCCGCUAGUACAACAAAAGAGAUUAUAAACUUAUUAACCGCUAAAAGCACGGUGAAUCUCAAUCACAUCAAUUCGGAUGGAUUUCCACCACUACAUUUGGCCUGCUUAUCGGAUAAACCGGACUGUGUUAAAGCUUUACUAUUAGCCGGCGCAGAUGUUAACUUGAAUGCCAAAAAUAUGAGCAAAAUAUACAAAACAAGUACGCCUACGUCAGUCGCUGAAUUCCUGAAAACCAAUGCCAAUAAACUGUAUACACAGGAUAUGAAAUUCGGUGGUACUCCGCUGCAUUGGUGUUCAUCGCGCGAGACUUUACAUGCACUAAUUAUGCAAGGAUGUGAUGUCAAUGCCACCAAUUUUGAUGGACGCACCGCUUUGCAUGUGAUGGUUGCACGCAAUCGCUUUGAAUGUGUUGUUACGCUCCUUGCUCAUGAUGCUGAUAUUGAUGUAUUCGAUAAAGAUGGAAACACAGCUUUGCACAUAGCCAUCGAAAAAAAAUUGGUUCCAAUCGUACAAUGCCUAGUGGUAUUUGGUUGCGAUAUAAACAUUAAAAACCAAGAUGGCAAGACACCGCGUCAUAUGGUUGGGAAUGAUCCUAAUGGCGGCAAAGAGAGUGAAAUUCUAUACAUUUUACAUUCAGUUGGAGCUAAACGUUGUCCAGAUUCAAGCUUGAAAUGUCCGUCUGGAUGUAAUGCUAAGGGCUCGUACAAUGGUAUACCGCCCGAGUCUCCUGAGCGCGUCGAACAACGUGAGCACAUUGAGAACAUGCUGGCAUCAACUAGUCGUCAAGCAAUGGAUGGACUUUUUGGUUCAUCGUCUAAUGGCAGCGCUGGUACUGUGGAACCGACUGUUAUCAUUGAUACGGAAAAAGAGCAAAAAGGACAAAGUAUUAUGGAUGCUUUACUCGGAAUGUUUACCACAAAAGUAAAUACUGACAGCAAAAAAGUGUCGCCCAGUAAUAGCUUGGAAGGAGAUGGCAGUGGGGAUGCCAGUGCAGCUGCUACACCCACCACACCUGCUUCCAUCGGCAGUGAUUCUAGCAACAAAGGCGAAAAACCAUAUGCCCGCGGACGCUUAUUGUGCCUGGAUGGGGGCGGUAUACGGGGCCUGGUACUUGUUCAAAUGCUACUCGAAAUAGAAAAACUCUCACAAACGCCAAUUGCUCACAUGUUCGAUUGGAUAGCUGGCACUAGCACUGGUGGCAUUUUAGCACUUGGACUCGGUUGCGGCAAAACAAUGCGUCAAUGUAUGGGACUGUACUUGCGCAUGAAAGAACAAUGCUUUGUUGGCUCACGUCCCUAUCCUAGUGAAUUGUUCGAAAAUAUAUUAAAAGAUAAUUUAGGUCAGUAUACAGUAAUGGCCGACAUUAAACACCCAAAAAUUAUGAUAACUGGCGUUAUGGCUGAUCGUAAGCCGGUGGACUUGCAUCUAUUUAGAAAUUAUCAUAGCGCAAGCGAUAUUCUAGGAAUUGUUACGCCAAUUAAUAAUCGCCGAGUACCACCACCUCCUCCAGAAGAGCAACUGGUUUGGCGUGCAGCUAGAGCUACUGGCGCAGCACCCUCGUAUUUUCGCGCAUUUGGCCGUUUCCUCGAUGGUGGAUUAAUCGCUAACAAUCCAACUUUGGAUGCUAUGACAGAAAUUCAUGAAUACAAUAUGGCGUUGCGUAGUGUUGGUCGCGAAAAGGAGGCAGUUCCGGUUUCAAUUGUAGUCUCUCUAGGCACUGGUCUGAUACCAGUAACCGCACUCAAAGAUAUUGAUGUAUUCCGCCCUGAUAGCAUAUGGGAUACUGCCAAAUUAGCCUAUGGAAUCUCGACAAUUGGUAAUUUGCUUGUUGAUCAAGCGACGGCUUCCGAUGGUCGUGUUGUUGACCGGGCACGCGCUUGGUGCAGUACCAUUGGUGUACCAUAUUACAGAUUCAAUCCACAACUAUAUGAAGACAUCGCUAUGGAUGAAAAAGAUGAUCAAAAACUGAUUAAUAUGUUAUGGCAUGCCAAGGCAUACAUGCACAAUAAUCGUAACAAAAUAAUAGAAAUGAUCAAUUUAUUGAAAUAGCACAUAAGAAAGAUUUAGACCGCAACUAAUUUUUCCAUAAAAGCAAAUAGCUAUGGAAAAGAAUCGAAUAUUGUUAAUUGUUCAUGAAAAGUAUUAAUAAAUAAUUUAGUGCAGUUGGUUCUACACAAA